ACGUCUAACGUUCAGUUAAUUAUGGAGUGGCUGAGCAAUGGAGCUUCACUUCACUCAAACCAAGAGUCUAACAGUGACCCUGCUUCCAUAUCCAGGGUUUUCUGUGAAGGCCAUCCUCACCAGCAGCAGCCACCAUCAUCAACCCUCUGUGACUGUGCGAUGGCAUCGCUGUGUCAGAGCCAGCAGCGCUGUGUGAAGGCCUCCAUCGUUUCCAGUUGGAGACUGGCUGAGGCGCAGGACCAGCUGUGCUCUUUAGGGGUCCACAGCUCUGAGUCUCUGGAACAAGAACGUGCUCGGACUCUGGCCUGCCCGACAGAACUCACAAACAUCGAAGAGGAGUGGCGUCGCAAAGAGAGCUUUUUGGGGGGUCAGGGACCCAGUCGCAGUCCUGUGCUUGGUGAUACGGGAAGCUGGGAUGUUUUUGAUAGGAGUAUUAUCAAUUCUCACAUUCAGCCUGUAGAAGUGGAUGAGGACAAGUGUAAAACAUUUCUUCAGAAAUUUGAACAAGAGCUCAGGCAUUUUGGUAUGCUGCGGCGAUGGGACGACAGUCAGAGAUUUCUCUCCGAUAUGCCUCAGCUCCUCUGCGAGGAAACGCCAAACUUCUUAACUCUGUGGUGCAUUCGACUACAGCAAGAAGGGAAAGAAGCGCUGAUGGAGCAGGUGGCGCACCAAGCUGUAGUCAUGCAGUUUAUCUUGGAGAUGGCUUCAAACUCUCAGCAGGAUCCUCGGGGCAGCUUCAGGCAGUUCUUCCACAAAGCCAAAGAGGGACAAGCCGUCUACUUGGAAGUCUUCCACACAGAACUCGAGGCCUUCAAACGGAGAGUUAAAGAAUACACUGUUAAAUGUAAAAACGACACUUUGAACUUUCAACAGCCAGAUUCUGGCACGAACUACAAAUCUGACGCCAAAGAACCAACAACCUUUAUAAUCCAAGACACUGAAUAUAACAUGAAACGCUGUUUAGAGCUUCGGACAAACGCAGGAAAAUGGACGAAGGACGACGCUACAGAGACGGAAGACAUGCGGAUGAUGGAGCUAUAAGGACUGACCCUGCGUUUCUUUCAUCACAACCAGCUUUCUCAUGUAGGAAAACUGAGUUUAUAGCUCUUCAUGCAGCACACACAGCUAAAACGCCAUUACAGAGCAGGAAUAAAUGAAGGCAUGAUCGGUCGUUGUGCAGAAAACCAGCCAGAAGCGACUUCUUAGCGUUGACUUUCAUACACGGCUGCUGCUGGCCACAGACGAGACGGCUACAGCUGCGUCUUUGAACCGAGAGUGCUUGUGUUGUGCCAUAGAUGGAGAUUUUUCAAGUUAUGUCUUGUGCAA